GGAUUGUACGCACGUGCGCCUUUUCUGUACACACUUCCGGCUCAUCAUGGCGGCAUCCAUGGCUUGUCAGGCUGUUGCAAAAGGUCUACGUGGAGCAAGUGCCAGUUGCUUGUUUCUUAAUAAAAACAAGUUGGCGCGAGUGAGCUCCAGGCGAUGGCUGAAUUUGCAGGAAUACCAGAGCAAGAAGCUGAUGCAGGAGAGCGGGGUAACGGUGCAGCGCUUCUUCGUGGCGGACACUGCCCCCGCAGCCCUGGAGGCCGCCAAGAGGCUAAAUGCUAAGGAGAUCGUUCUGAAGGCUCAGAUUCUGGCAGGCGGACGCGGGAAGGGCUUGUUUGAUAGUGGCCUUAAGGGAGGAGUGCACCUAACCAAAGACCCUGCAGUGGUGGGGGAACUGGCUAAGAAGAUGCUUGGCUACAGCCUCACCACCAAACAGACCCCGAAGGAAGGAGUCAAAGUGAAGACGGUGAUGGUGGCCGAGGCUCUGGACAUCACCAGGGAGACGUACUUCGCCAUCCUCAUGGACCGCGCAUGCAAUGGCCCGGUGAUGGUGGGCAGCCCGCAGGGCGGGAUGGACAUCGAGGAGGUGGCGGCCAACACGCCAGAGCUGAUUUUCAAGGAAGUCAUAGAUAUUUUUGAAGGGGUACGCGAUGACCAGGCGCUGCGCAUGGCAGCUAAUUUGGGUUUCAAAGGACCUCUGGAGAGACAGGCGGCGGAUCAGAUUAAGAGGCUCUAUGAUCUGUUCCUGAAAGUCGACGCCACUCAAGUCGAAGUCAAUCCUCUGGGCGAGACUCCCGAAGGACAAGUGGUGUGCUUUGAUGCUAAAAUAAACUUCGAUGACAAUGCUGAGUUCAGACAGAAGGCUGUCUUUGCCAUGGACGACAUGUCAGAAAGUGACCCCACUGAAACCGAGGCCGCCAAGUGGGAUCUCAAAUACAUCGGAUUAGAUGGAAACAUUGCUUGCUUUGUGAAUGGUGCUGGCCUUGCCAUGGCAACCUGUGACAUCAUCGACCUCCACGGAGGCAAACCUGCCAACUUCCUGGAUUUGGGGGGCGGCGUGAAGGAGAAUCAAGUCUACCAGGCAUUCAAGCUCCUCACUGCUGAUCCAAAGGUGGAGGCCAUAUUGGUGAACAUCUUUGGGGGAAUCGUGAACUGUGCCAUCAUCGCCAAUGGCAUCACCAAGGCAUGCAAGGAGCUGGAGCUGAAGGUGCCUCUGGUUGUGCGUCUGGAAGGGACCAACGUUCAGGAGGCCAAGAGUAUCCUCUCAAAGAGCGGGUUGCCCAUCACAUCUGCUGUGGACCUGGACGACGCCGCUAAGAAGGCCGUGGCCAGCAUCAAGAAGUAGAGGCUUGACCAUCAGCAUCCAGGACCUUCACACACACACACACACACACAUACAACAUCAAUGUUUAAGUAUUGCAGAUUCAUCAGGUUAGCUCAGGUUGGUCUACACCACUUCACCUUGUGUCCUUUUUUUGAAUCUUUAAUACACUUUGUUUAAUAUUCUCAUUCACUCAUGCUGUUCAUGGUGUCUUGGGCAGUGUUGCAUUAAGGUCCUCUUCCCUGCAACAUGUGUCUCGCCAACUCACCAAAUUACACAAAGGAAGGGAGAAAAUUGGUAUGCAGUUUUAAGUAAUUGGGUGCCCUUGUUUGCAUGGAAAGACUUGGAAAGCUGUUUGAGUGUUGGGAGGUGAUAAAUAUUCGCUGGGAUUGUUAUCAGGAUCGGGGGCACAGAUGCCAGCUCUGUGUUACACUUUAAUUACACUUUAAUUAUCACUGUGAUUCAUUCUCUCUGUGGGCCCAGACAUGGCCUCUGUGAGUGGCUGAGACUUCAAACACGCCAUCUGAAAAGAAAGCUGUUCCUCAAGUGACUUUAAUAAUAACUCAUGGCCUUGUUUCUUACAUGUGUUUUUUUUGUUUGUUUUGUUGUUUUUUUAUUUAAGCCUUAAUGGGAGAUUUAACAGAGAGGUUUUUGUUAUCUGCUAUUCUAUAAAGUUCAAACCACAAACACCGGGGACAUGUGAAGAAUGCCAACUCCAUUGUGUUCUUUUUUUCCUUUUUUUUUUUUUUUGCCAAUCCUGAGAUACACCUUUGGUUCAGAAGCACAUUUUGUAUUCCUGGUGGUAAUGUUAAGAAGCUGGAUGCAUGUGUAACAACCCUGAGCGUGGUUCUGAUUGGGCCCCACAGCUGUGUGUAAGCCUUUGGUAGCCAGUCAUAACAAGCUGAAGCCAAACCAGCCGUCAGUCGAAGAGAGAAACAUCAACAGGCUCAUUUUGUCAACUGCUCAUUCUUCAGAUUUUUAGAAGAAUAUUUCUGGAGGUUGCAGAAUCAGAUAUUUUUGUAAUACCGUAUGUAAUUUCAAGUGUUACAUUUUGACACGGAAGUGCACUAAUUUGUGAAUCGAGUUCAAGAACAUUCCUGUUAUAGGCCAUUCUUGUUUAUCUGAAUAACAAUAUAUAAUUGUAAUCUUUUUUGAAAUCAUGAAUGUAUUUUAAGAAGCAAUAUAUAUAUACUCUACAAAUGAAUUGUCUUAAAGCGUCCAAAUAAAGAGGAAUAUAAGGAGAAGAA